AGAAACACCCUUGUUUUUGUUGGCCAAAACUACAUAGUUUAAGUAGUGAAGAUGAAAGCAUAUCUAGGGGCUUUCGAAUUUUGGGAAGUGAUGGAAAGAAAUCAACAACCAACUCAUCUUCCUCCAAAUGCUACUCUUACUCAAAUUAAGAGAUACUCAGAGGAGGUGUUAAAGAGAUACAAAGCCUUAACCUGCUUACACUCAGCAAUGGCCGAUGAAAUUUUCAAUAGAAUCAUGACUUGUGGGACAACGAAAGAGACCUGGGCCAAGCUAAAAGUAGAGUUCCAAGGCAAUAACAAGGCAAGGCAAAUGGAGGUUCUCAAUUUGAAAAGAGAGUUCGCAUCCUUUAGAAUGAAGGAUACAGAGACAAUUAAGGAGUUCUUUGAUCAGUUAACGAAGGUGGUGAACAAGAUAAGAUUGCAAGGGGAAGAACUGUCUGAUAAGAUAGUAGUUAAGAAGGUUUUGGUGAGUCUAUCAGAGAAAUUUGAGCACAAGAUCUCAUCCUUGGAGGAUUCCAAAGAUCUAUCUCAAUUAUUCUUAAAUGAAUUAGUAAAUGCAUUGCAAGCUGUGGAGCAAAGAAAGGCUUUGAGGCUUGAAAACUAUGUUGAGGGAGCGUAUUUGGCAAUUGACAAAGAUAAAGCAGCAACCAAAGAUGAUGAAAACAAGUAGUUUGGUGAUUAGAGAAAUUGAGGAAAGGAAGAGUAUCAAAACAACAAAUACAAAAACAAAAAGGGGAGCUAUGCACCUUGCUCUCAUUGCAAAAAAAAAGGCCAUUCCAAGAAAUAUUAUUGGUUUAG